ACCUUUCUGAGAAAAACAAUGAAGAUUUUCAACUGGGUGCACAAGAGGUUUCACCAUAACCCUCCUAAAGAUGGGUUUGCUUCAAACAUGAAAAAGAAUGAACCUACAAUAAACAAUGUGGAUAGUCAAGCCUUGCCAAAACAAGUUGCCCUUACUGAUUUGCUUGGUGGUUGGAAUGAUGGCAUUCUAACCAUUGGUACUCUUGGCUAUGAUCCCUUGAAGUCCAUCAACCAUAGCAAAGAAUACUUUGCUUUGGAAACUGACGAUGAUCAAGAUAAUGCUGAACAAGAGGACCUGAAUCCAUUGAUGCACAACACAUUUGAGCACAACUUUGAGGAUGUUGUUAGUGAAAACCAUGAUGCCAAUGCUAGGACAGAGGAAGUGGUUAGGACCUUCAAUGAAAUUGUUCAGGCUCCACCUGUGGAAGUGGUUAGGACCUUCAACGAAAUUGUUCAAGCUCCACCUGUGAUUUCUCAUGAAGUCAUGGAAUCAAACGAUGAGGAGAUUGAUCAAAAGAAGAAGAAAGGGGAAAGGAUCACAUUAUAUGACCUCUUCUUGGCUGAUUCUGAUGUCAAGUUAAAACUGGACCCUGCCAAAGCCAUGCUUGAGUCAAGUGAAAAACAAAGCCUUAAAACAAAGCAUGGACUUUCUUUUGCCAAGAAGCUAAUUCCCCGAGUUAAGGACAAUCCUCAUCCAAUGAAAGAAAUCAAGAAACUGAUGAAGAAGAUGUUAAAGAGGAAAAUCCAUCCUGAUCUUGAUGUUAAGAAUCACAAACCAGAAGGCCAGGAAGUCAGUACAGCAGGAAUCAUGGAUAAUUAAUGAAGGCCCAAGUUAUUUUCUUCCAAUUUAAGGUACGAGCUAAUGUUGAGCUCUGGAGUGUCACUGUUUAUCUUGAAAUGUAGAUUUCUUUAUGAUAUAUGUAACAUUAAAUACUUAGAUUUUCUUCGUAUUGAACCAUGUGAUUUUGUUUUUGUUGGCUUUAAUUUGAC